UCACGGGCAGAAGGUUACAGGGUUGCAUGAGGACACUCAAAGCUUAGUCUGUUGUGUUUUGCGCGGCAUUGAAGUCGAAUUUCGGGAAAUUCUGAGGCCAAUUUUAUAGAUUGAGGAAAAUGCGUAAAAAAUGGGUAGUAUGUGUUAGAAUAAUUAAUUUUAAGGUGCGAUGUUGAAUUUUGUAAAGGUAUUUUGAUUUUAAGAGAAAAAAAAACGUUUUUUAAAAUAUGAUGCUUGUUUUGAGUUUCGGCGUAAAGGUCUAUUGGUAAACAGAAAUUUCAGGCUAAAAGUUUAACGUUUUUGUGAACAUAAGAAAAUUUUCUGGGGAAAUGAAAGAUCGCGCCCGCUUGACGGUAAACGAAAAUUUUAGGCACAACGUAUUAACGGUUUGUACUCUUUCGUAGACAUCAUUUUGAGGGAAAUGUCACAUUUUGAAAAUUAUGUCGGUGAUCUGUCGUAUAUUAAAAAAUAGGUUUGUAUAAACAUGAGAGCUAUUUCGAAUUCGCAGUAGAUCUACAGGCAAUGUGGGAUAUAGUGGGAAUCGUAGACGCUGCACUGUUUAUAGUUAUACUGUUGGGUAAGAUUCCAUAUUCCUAAUCAUGUUUUGAACAAGUAGCAACGCUAUUUUGAAGUCUCUGGUCUAUGGCUACAAAAUUCGGUAAAUAUUUUUUGUGAUUUAAUUUUUAUGUGUUUUUACCCAGGUCAUAAGUAGCAAAUAUAACCAGAUAUAGCAACAUGCAGAGCGCUUGCCCCCAGCAAAUAGUCUGGGACCCUGCCGUGGUAGCUCCUCACCAUUUUGUUGCACAUCCUAGCCAUGCAGGAGGGCUUGUCCAUAUCGCCCAGCAUACCGGAGAGGGAAGCAUCGGUGCUACAAUGAUGCAAGACAUGAACGACAAAGCUUUAGCAUCAGGUUACAUGCAAAUGAACCCGGCAAUGGGCAGAGGUGUCACCCCUGUGUUUGUGAAAGCAAAUGACGGAUCAAACUGGUUUCUCCAGCAUCAUUAUCCAGCGCCCCAAAUGCCCAUGGCGCCCCAUCCUUACCCAGGGGUGCAGUACGUCACAUUCCAACCCCCUAUGUCGACUAUGGGUCACCUGAACCCCCUCCAGCCCCAGCAUAUACAAGUCAAACCAGGGGACGUGUUGGACCCCCACAGCGUUGGACGAACGGUCACUAUGUCAGAGGUGAACCAACUUCUUCCACCGAUCGAACCGAGAAAUAUUCUGAUUCCGAAACGACGCAGUGGGCAAGGAAAUUCCGUUGGUUUUUCCCGGGUGAGCAAUGCUACCAACUGUGAAAGGUCGUUAAGAGGGAGCAACGUCGGUACGCGGAGACGAAGUCAGUCGUUUGAAAGCAACGAGAGUUCAUUAGCCGGUGAGUUGUUUUAUAUAAUUUUAUCCUGUUUUUGCAGAGGAUUUAUUGUGACACAUAACGCUAGUAAACAGAUAUAUUCCAAUUUUUAAAUAUUUUUUCACAAA